AUGGUCACUACAAAUCUAUCCUCCUCUUCCUCCUCCCCUCUCCUCCCUCAUACUUCAGACUCCUCUCCUCCGAUACAACAUCGACAAAACCGACGUCGCGAAAGACCAGGUUCACGCGCCCGUCGUACCAUCUCCCGCAAAUCUGCCCUCGUCACCGAUCUCAACGAAGGCAUUCUCGAAGCUCGAGACUCCGACUUCUAUAUUCCGAACCAUAGAUCCGGUACUGGGCCCUCUCCAAUACUAAGACAAAGCUUUGAUCAAAGUUGGAUGAGAUGGAAAGCCAGACAAGCUGCCGAGCUAGAAAAUCUGGGUGUCAAGCAAAUUAUGCGACAAUUGGAGAUGGAGAGACAAAUCAUGAUGAGGGAAGCGAAGGGAAUGGAGGAGGAAGAAUUGGGGAAAAUGCAACGCCGACUUUUUGGUGGUGACGAAGAUGACGAGGAUGUGAGUUGUGAUAUUGAUCUUUGUCCUGCUAUGCUGGAUGUGGUGAUGAGACUUUUUGAUGGAGAGGUCGAUUACUUGGAUCCCUAG